AUGAAUUUGAUUGCAGAGAAUGAAAUCAAGGCUCCUGAGUCGCCUAUCGCUAGGCGGAGGAGCCUUGCCAAUCCAAGCGCACUGGGAUAUGGCGGAUUUGCGGCGACGUUGAUGACUUUGUCAUUGUCUGGCAUGGGCUUUCGCAGUAUAUCAAACCAAUCCGUCUUUGUAGCAAACCUCUGUUUUCUCGCUGGAGUUGGACUCUUGGUCUCCGCGCAAUGGGAAAUGGUCAGGGGCAAUACAUUCGACUACACAGUCUUAGGAGCCUUUGCCCUGUAUUAUGGCGGCUAUGGGGUGUUACUACUGCCUUCAUCGGGCGUUCUUGAGUCUUAUCAAGGCCAAACAGCCGAUUAUCAUAAUGCAUUUGGGAUUUACCUGCUCGUUUGGAGCAUACUGAAUUUGUUUUUCUUCAUUGCUUCUUUGCCAACGUAA